AUGACUAAUGAAGAUGAACAUUUUGAAAUUGAACGUAUUGUUGAUAAAAGGUAUCGAAAUGAUCAUGUAAAAUAUCUCAUUAAAUGGCGAGGUUAUCCGGACAGUCAAAAUACAUUGGAACCUUCUAGUAAUAUCGAAGGUGCACAAGAAUCAGAAUUACUUGCUGACUAUGAAAUAUAUAAUAAACAACAACAACAACAACAACAAAUACUGAAUUAUGGAUCACGAUCUACAAUCAAUACAUUAUCACCAAAUAAAUAUAGAAAUGUAUUAUAA